CCUCUUUGAUGUUUUGCCUCUGGUGCAGCUGUGCCUGCUGCUUGAUUUGCUGCUCCUCGGCGAGCAGUCGGAGAUUGCAGAGCUGCUCGGUUAGGUACUCGAUCUCGUAGUUUUGCUGACUGAUCUGCUGGGCGCUCUCCUCGUCGCGCUGCUUCAGAUCCACAUACUCCGAGUAGAAGCCCUCGAUGUGCUUGCCGUAGUCGGCUAGCACCGAUUGAUACUCCUGCCACAAGGCCUCAAGCUUGCCCUCGCCGCGGCCCGUAAUCUUCUCCAGCUUCAAUUGCAUCUGUGAUUUGAUGGGAAUUAUGUAAUAUUCUCUGUGUGCUGUUGACCCAUUGUGUGCCAGUCAAACACGACGUCCAUUAGUCCGUCAGCUGUCAACAGUCGCUGGCUAUAAAUGUCGACAGCAGCUCAGAGCUGCUCGGCAAACAGUACUUGAGAUGCGCCUGCUGCUGUUGCUUUUACUCAGCUUUAGCUGCAGCAUCAACUGCCUCAAGUGUCGCUCGCAGGAUGGUGCUGGCGAUGCGGAGCUCAAGCGGAUUGUGCGCACUUGCAUGCAACGCAGUGGCGGUGGCAGCAAUGGCAACCAGGAGGACAACGACAAUAGACGCUAUGGCAAUGGCAAUGGCAGAUAUAAUUUUGAUAGCGAUGAUUAUGGACAGGUUCAGGAUCGAGGACAGGGCCAAGGCAGACAGCAGCAACAGCAACAGCAGUCCUAUGGUAAUUCCUGGCAACGCAGCGUUAAGCAAACUGACAACAACAGUAACAACAACAACAGUAACACAUCUGAAACGGGCGGCUGCGUGGCGUUGUGUUUCUUUGAGGAAAUGAACAUGGUGGAUGGCAGUGGUCAGCCUGAUCGGCGCAAGGUAAGCUACUUGCUGACAAAGGAUCUGCGCGAUCGCGAGCUGCGCAACUUCUACAUGGACACCGUGCAGCAAUGCUUUCGCUACAUAGAACACUCUCGCUACAGCAACAACAACAGCAACAACAAGUGCAGCCAGGCAAGGGAGCUAGUGAAAUGCAUGUCAGAGUAUGCCAAAGCGCAAUGCGAUGAUUGGGAGGAGCAUGGAAAUAUGUUAUUCAACUAAACUUCUGACCCGCUACUUACACCGCUCU